CAACACAACUCAAUCCAAGGCGCGCGCGCGGACUGAGCGGACGCACCGACUGCACUCCGCCACCAAAACAAUAACAAAAUAACACCUUGUGCAUUGUUUUUGAAUAAACACUGACAUAAAACCAAAUGUCUGAACAAAACAUUGAAGACAAAAGACAGUGAUAUUCAUUUUGUGACGUUGGAACACAGUGAUAUAUUUGUGGAAGAUCGUAAAAGUUAACAAAAACAGGAGUUCUAAACUUUCCAAUGAACGCGAGCCAUGUGACCACGGGACCGGCGAAGUAAAAGAGUUGUAAUGUGGGUACUAGCAGCCAUAGUGGCAGCGGUGGCGGCGGCGGCGGCGACGCCAUGCGAAAAGGCGCGCAUACGCUGUGCAUACCGCACGGGCUGCGGCGCCGCACUCAAUAACUACAUGUUGCUAUGCAACGAUGUCCUGGCGGAACCCACCACCAACUGUCCUAAAGCCUGUGAACAUGCCUUGAUAGCUUUAACAUCUACUGAAGAGGGGAAGGAGCUUAUGAACUGUCAGUGUGAGGACGAGUACUGCGUGGAGGCUAAGGAGAGGAUCGAGGUGUGUCGGCCGCAGGUGCUGCAGGGCGCCGCCAACGCCACGGCAUCAUGCCGGUUGUCGCAACUUAUCUGCCUCGCUGACGCGCAGUGCGCCACCGCGCUACGCUACUACGACGAGCUCUGUCGCUCCAUGUACCGGCGAGGCAGGAAGUGCUCCAACAAGUGCCUCAACUCCAUAGACAUCCUCAGGAAACAAGAGAAAGCGGCCGCGCUCGCCGCCUGCCGCUGCGACGGCAACGAAGACUUCGACUGCCCUCGUAUGCAGAGAAACCUUCAGCGACUAUGUUUCCAUAAGAAAACUCAUCCUGGCAAAGACAGGAAACACCACAAAGAGAAAGAAAAGAAAAUUGCCGUUCAAGAAACCGCAUCAGCGGCUAAUAUAGUUUCCGUAUCUGCGUUAAUAGUUACGACGUGUAUACUCCGUAGUUUAAUGCUCAAUUCGUGACAGGAGUUUGAAGAGGUCUACCUCAGAUAUAUUGUAAGUUUACUAUAAGCAGCGAAGUACAAUACUUUGUGUAAAUAUGUACAAUACGAUCAGUAUUCUAAGGUAAAUAUAAGUGAGGGCAUGCAAGGGUAAAUGGUUGUGUGUUUAAUGUUAGUUUAUAGAGACACGAGUGUUGAAAUGUAUGCAAGUUCCGAAGCUGUCGUGAUACAGCGAAUAGUGAACAGUUUGCCGCCCACGGCACGGGUGCGCGGGCGCAGCGCAGCGCGGCGCAGGCGUUGCUAUAAAUACGGCGGCGCCGGUGGUCCGGUGACAAAUGCUGGUCCGUUCCUGAUGUGGCGCCACGCUGAUUGAUGUAACGACUGCCCACUAUCGCAACAAUGCACUGACAAAUUUGCUUAUGCCACGGCUAAUUUGUCUGCGUUAACAAUCAGGGAACGGGGCCUAUUUUACCUUAUAUUAGGUAGUUGGAGCUUUUUCCACUUUUUGAAUCUCCAGAAACUUUUCGUUAAACUCCUUCUUAAACAAACUUUUUAUUAUACUAGUUCUAUUUCCAUAUAAAUAUUACAAAUCGGGACCAAACGGUUAAUAAAUCUUAGAGUUCAUAAACUAAUAGCCACGAAAUACGAUAGCUGUCUCGCGUAAAAGAGUAUCGGAAGAGUUAAUAGCGCCAUAGUGGUUCAGGAAGUGGAUGUUCUAAUGACACAGUCGUGGCUAAUUCUGGUGGCGCGACACUAAUCGCCGCUGAUGUAGGGCUCGGGAACAUCAACCCUGCCUGUUCCUGUCACUCGCGCCGCGCCGACGACUCACUCAUUCCUUCUCACCUACAUCCGUUUGAAACAUCGGACUAAAAAGUAUUUCCGAAGACUCAUUAACAAAUAGCUCGCAUUGCCAAGUUGCGCUGUUAAUUGGACUUCGGAGUACGUGAGAGAUUUAUGUUUUGUAGGCAAAUUAAUGUGCGACUUCUGGACCAUUAAGUGUUUCUUGAAUUUGUUUAAUACAUAAUUAAGCAAGUUAUUCAGAAAAUGAAUAACGAUUCAGUUUCAUCUUACGUCUCUACAAUAACCAUUAACCCAUUUCUCAAGUACGAUUGGUUUCAUAACGUCUCAAUUUCUUACGACUUUGCAAGUGUCAUAAACGACUGUUUAAUUAACUUUUACUCUCAAUAUUCCUGUAAUAAGUGUUUGGUUGGCAAAGCCAGUGAAUGGCGGGUUGCGGUUUUGGUACAAGCACCUCGUAAUGAAGUAGAAACCGGUUCCUGCAUAAACUGCCGACGGAUCCAGAGCACAUUCUGUAAGCAAACGUACGAGUAACUGUAAUAUUGUAGUUUUAUUUACUGCUAAUGGUAAGUAAAUAGCAAGGAGUGUUGUUUGCUAUGAACAUGAAAUGUAAGGAAACUAGUUUGUUUGGCAGGUAUGAUUGUUGAUAUGUCCUUUUGAUGCUUCAAUGUGAAUGUGAGUUUAUAAUCAGUAAGUAUGUGACUAUUUUCGGAAUUAAAAAGCCGUACUAGGCUUGGCUUUUAAGGCUAUGUGCCUGUCUUUACAACAUUUACUUCACAGAAUUCAGGCUAAUUACAUAUCAUCAUCCUUUAGUAUAGUCCUUUAGUAUAUUUUAUCGUCUUUUUCCAGUUUUUUAUUUGUCUGUUGUAAGCAUUGAAGCAACAAUAGUAUGUAGGACUUUACUGGUUCCAUUCUAACAUUGCUGUUAGCUAUGCAAACCUAUGUCAGUAGAAGUAGGCGUGCGUCAGUAAAUCAUAUUACUCCGCAAUGCAUCGCUUGGUAUGCUCGUCGCAGACAAUUGCUUACUAAUGUUUCGUCGCCGAAUCAUGUCUCUAUACAUUAUUCAUACUCACGAUAAUGUGCGGAAUAUGAAUGAACGGGUCUGAGUAACCACUGUUAUUGAGAAAAAAUGCACGCUCACAAAAUUGACCAAGACUGUAAUAAAUUACAAGAAUGGUAAUCUGUAAAUGCAAUGGUGUUUUGAUAGAGGCCUUGUGCUAUGUAAUCAAUGCUGCCAAUUUUGUUAAAUCGUUGGUUGGUAGAUACAUAUUUAAAAUUUAAAAUAGGAAAUUGAGUUUCUAGUAAAAAUAGCAUACAAACUUGUAAGAGAAUAAAUAUUAUAAAUUAUAAUAGUACUUAUAUCUUAAUAUUUUCUAACAAUCAACUUAGGUGUAUUUAUUUAUUAGUUAUAACAUUGCAUUUCAGUGAGGUUUUAAUUUUCCCCAUUUACAAUUAUUAUAUCGUCAUUCUGUGUAGAAUUAGGUAUAUUGAAAUGCAGUAUGUAAGAUUGUGUGUGUCUCUGUGUGUGUGUGUGUGUUGUCAUAGUACAGUUAUAAAACGGAUAAUUUACUAAGAUAUAUUUUUCAUUGCGUCUGAGUUUGAUUAUAGAAAGUAGUCUAAAUUAAGUAAUAUAUAAGGUAAAUAUAAGUACCUACACAAAAGUUAUUGAAACUCAUUUAACCACAGUUUACCAAAGUGAGAUUAUUAGAAUAGUGAACAUUGUAAAUAAAAUUUAAUUCUAUAGUUUGUAUGUUUAAUGUCUUACUUUAUUUUAUAUGGAAAUUCGUACAAAGUAUUUUAGAAUUAAAAUUUAAUAAUUUAUUGAAAUAAUUUACGGAUUUAGUUUGUAAACAUUGUUGUACUUGUUUCGUUUUUUGUAAAAUAAAUAUUUUAGGGAAUUUUAGUUGU